AUGCGUUUGUUCCUCUGCCAUGAGUCGCCGCUAACCGACGAACGUACAUCAAACAACUCCUGCGUCGCUAAUGUGUUCACCGGUGUUUGUGUUUGCUCAUUAGUUAGGAGAUUUGAUCAACCUCAAAAGUACAAACCAUUUAUAAGCAAGUGUACUAUGUAUGGGGAUCUUAACAUAGGAAGUGUUCGACAUGUGAAUGUCAAAGCAAGGCUUCCUGCCACCACCAGUACCGAAAGUGUAGAACUUCUUGAUGAUAACGAACACAUCCUUGGCAUCAAAAUCAUUGGUGGUGACCACAACCUAAUGAAUUAUUCCUCAAUUCUGACUUUUCAUCCAGAGAUAAUAGAAGGAAGAUCAGGAACAUUAGUGAUUGAGUCGUUCAUGGUGGAUAUUCCUGAUGGAAACACAAAGGAUGAGACGUGUUACUUUGUGAAGGCGUUGAUUAACUGCAAUCUUAACUCUCUUUCAGAAGUAUCUGAAUGGAUGGAUGUGCAGGAGGACCAGAGAGUAUUUUCUACAUUAAGUUAUGUAAAUAUAGAUGUUUUAUGA